AUGAGCACUCUGUCGCAUCAAAAAUUGCAUCCUGCCGAGAAAACGAACCGUGUCGAGGCAAAAACAUCGCUCAUUAUUUUAUCAGUCUGUCGGGAAAAUAACGGCGGAUCGUCGCGCCUCGGAAUCGCCCAUCAUCGCUUUGCGACGGCUGCCGAAGCUGGGGAUUUAUCGCACGAUAGCGGUGAGGCGAGACAUUUUGAUGCGACGAUCCGCCGUUAUUUUCCCGACAGACUGAUAUGAUAAAAAAUUAUGUGUAAAAAUACCUCCAUGCAUCUUAAGCAUAGAAUUCUAGCGGCCAUCUCAACGAAUUUACUGCACUCUUAUCGCUCAGAUUUGAGAAAAAUUAAUUCGGCGAUGCUGCAGAUGACAAGUUCACACAUUUUUUGCGCCGUUUUUCCAUUGUUUAUAUUUACACAUAGCACGGAUCUUUGCAAAUUUCUGAAGACAUCUGUUUUAUAUUGAAUUCAUAUUGGCUUAGCCAAUAAAAAUUAUAUUUUUUUUUUUUGAAAAAAUUAUUUUUCAUUUCUUUCGAAAAAAUAUAUGUAUUCCUAAAACAUUGGGUAAGUUCCCCGCAAAAAUCAAUUAUUUCCAAGCAAAACUGGCAAAGAUAAGGCCAAAAAGUGUUUUCUCUAUGACCGCUCUCCUCAUUUCGCAUACUCUCUCGUCAGCUAGUAAAAAAAUGUGGUUAUGAUACUCCGAAAUUCUUGUAAAAUACGUGUUCGCAUGAAUCCAAUCGUACUUGUUUUCUAAUUGCUUAUAUCAGUUUGUCGGGAAAAUAAUGAGCACUCUGUCGGAUCGAAAAUCGCAUCGCCGCCGGGAAAAUGAAUCGCGGCAAAAUCAAAUUUCUUUUCACGUCAGCGAAGAGGAUCGAUGUUGCAAAAUUGUGCUCAUUAUUUUUCCGACCGACUGAUAUUAUUUGAAUUAGAUGUCUGUCGGGAAAAUAAUGUGGAUUCGUUUUUCUUUCUGAUCUAUCAAAUCCAAUAAAAGUGCACGAGGUCAAUUCUGUAUCCACUGUUUGCCCAACGGCCUCUUUUCUUGUUUAUUUUACCGGUCAAAGGUUGCGCGACCGCGAGAGCGCACAAAACCAAGAGAGUGGCAGAGAAAAAUGAGAGGAAAUCGGCCAUUUCUCAAGUUCUCGAAGUGAGUUUCGUCUCGGAAAUCUUACGAGACCUUACGUGAGCGUUGAACUACGAGAUUUUUAAAAAUUAUUGGGGUAGUUGGUGUGGAAAAAAUUAAGAAAAUUUUUUUGGAAUAAAAAAAAAAUAUUUUUUUUAAAUUUUUUGAUCUCGAUUUUCUAUUUUUAAAUUACGGAUUUACUUGAAAAAUUUAGGCAAAAUAGGAUUUUUCAAUUUAUUUUUUAAAUUUUUUAUGCGAAAUCUUGAUUAAAAUUACAUUUUUUUCGUCCGAAAAAUCCAUUUUUACGGUAUUAGAAAUUCAACUUUUCUGCAAAAACCGGUUAAAAUUUUAUUUUUUUAUCAAAAUUUGGAAUUAAAAAAUCCCAUUUUCAAUUAAAAAUCGGUUUAAAAAUCAAAUUUUCUCUUAAAAAAUCGGUUAAAAAUCCAAUUUUUGAUCAAAAAAAAAUUUUUUCUCUUUUAAAAAUAUGAGUUAAAAUUUUUUAUUUUCCUCCAAAAAUUAAAUUUCCCAUCAAAGAAUCGGUUAAAAAUCCUAUUUUCCAUCAAAAAAAUAGGUCAAAAAUUUUUAUUUUCCUCCAAAAAUCGCCCCAAAAAUCCAAUUUUCGCUCAAAAAAUCGCUCUAAAACCUCAUUUUUCAGGCCUCAAAUUUCCUCUUCUACCCCAUAACUUCACUCUCUCCAUGUUCAAAACUCCCACCUUGCUAUUACUUCUACUCCAAAUCCACUGCGCCUUCUCCGCCAACGUUCUGUUCUUCCUCCACGGGACCAACCAAUUCGACCGGCACGUUUUCGAAUUCCUGGCGCAACAAAUCGCCCUCAGGCAUCACAAUGUCAUCACAGUGAAGCCGAUUUUGAUUCCCGAAGAGCCGAGGCUGGUGAAGCCGCGGCUUCACCUGGUCAAAGAGAAGAUUGUCAAGAAUUUACUGCCACAGUAAGAUUUUUGUUUUUGUAAAAGUUUACCCUCGAUUUUCAGGGAACUUUACGGGCCAAUUGAACGGGUGGGAAGCUCGGUACCUUGGGAGAGAAAUUAUCAGCUGGACGCCUAUAAUCAUCCAUAUUGGGCCGGUUAUAAUGCCUCCUGUUACAAGGUAAGAAGGCGAAUUUUGGAGGCCCCAAUUUGCACCGUGCACUUUUAGUUUUUGCACCGUGCACAAAACCCUUUUUUUGCGGCGUGCAUUUUUGACCUUUUGCACCGUGCAAGUCCAAUAUCGCAGCGACUCCAGCUUUUCUCAACGAAUUUUGGGCCUGCGAAAAGAAAUUGCACAGUGCAAAAUGUUCCGAAAAGGAUUGUGUCGCACAACUUGCACUGUGCGGUGCGAAAAAGGCCAAAAAAGUCGCUGCGGUUUAGCCCAAUAAUUCGCACAGUUCAAACCGCUUUUUCAAGUUUGCGCAGUGUGAAAAACAAAAUGCACUGUGCGUGAGCGAAAAUAGGGGAACACUGAGAAAAUGCAAGCUGCGUUCAUGAUAAAAUUCAAAUUUUUCGCUUUUUUGGUCUACGCACUUUAUGAAAAUAUCAGUGUCUGUCGGGAAAAUAAUGAGUACUGUCGCUGGGUAGAUUCUUGUCGCUAAAGUGAAAAGAUGAUUUUGCCACGACACAAUUCAUUAUUUUCCCGACAGACUGAGGCUCUCCAUAAAGUGCGUAGACCUUUUUUUCGCGGCGCACGGCUUGUAUACGCAGUUUAUAAAUUUAGAAUUCAUAGAAGGACCUCAACCAAAAUUUGGCAAAAAUUUUCUUUCAGCUGAUCAACAGCAACCUCAUGGACACCCUGAAAAAGGAGCAAAUCGAAGUGGCUCUCGUCUACAGCGGGAAUCCCUGUCAACUGGCGAUGGUUCAUGCUCUGUCCAUCCCAUUUAUUUAUUACGACCUCGACGGCCUUACGGAUGAGACAAUUAUUGCCUCAGGCAUGCCAUGGAACCUAAAAACGUUGAGCUCACGAAGUGUGCCGGAAACAAAAUUUAGCGAACUCUCAACAGGCCUAGCGUUGAUUUACGAGACAGUUUGCCAACUGGGAUUGCCAGUUGUUGGUGGAGCGUUGUGUGAGAGGGUCAGGUUGUUGGAGGAUCCGAUCACAAGGAUCUUCAGAGAGGAUUACGAAAUUAAAAAGCGAUUCAAGCCAUUCCCGCACGUGAAUUGGGUAAGUGUACAGUGACGGACUGAUCUAGUGGUAAAAACCUACCAUUUUGCAUCAGGGAAGUAUCAAAAAAUGUAGCGGAACGCCUCCAUCUCCAAGUAAAGAACUCCAUUUUUAAGGGCGCGAUUUUGAAAUCGGAGUUUCUUCACUUGGAGAGGGAGGUAUUUUGCUACAUUUUUUUGAUGUUUCCCGGAUGCAAAAUGGAACUUUUUCUGUCACUGGAUCAGGUCCGUAACUGUAACACAUAUUGCUGCAUGUAAAUAAUAUCAGCCUGUCGGAAAAAUAAUAUGGAUUUGUCGCUGCACCGAUCGUGUCGAUAAAAUGAAAAGCGAUUUGAUUUUGACAGUUCAUUUUCUCGGCGACGAUGCAUUUUUUUAGCGACAGGUGCUCAUUAUUUUCCCGACAGAAUGAUACAACUAUAAGUUACUCCGAGUGAUAUCAGACUGUCGGGAAAAUAAUGUGGAUAGAAAAUAAUGUAGAAAUUUGUCAUCGUCUUCGCUGUCGCGACCACCGCGAAAAGCCUAAAGACGCCUGCUGUAAAGUGCGUCAAAAAUUUCUUUUCCCAAAAAAUUUCUUUCCAAUAGAUUUAAAAAUUAGAUAGGCCAAAUUUCGGGAUAGGGCCGUCUCGAUUUCUUUAUAUAAAUUUUUGAUCUUUAUUUUUAUAUAUUCUAUAUAUUUAAUUGUCGAUUUCAUUAUAUAUCGGGAAUAUUUUUUGUUUUGGUUUAUUAACCCAAGUUUGAGGUUUUGAAUAAAGUUUGGUCAACAAUCGAGUUACCAACAUCUUAAAUUAUUGUACAACGGAGUACAAUAAUUAUCAUUGUCGAGCGCACGGAGUCGCGGCGACAAACUGGGGGCUCAGCCGGUGAUUUGGCUGCUAUUGGUGGAAAAGAAGAACGCUGGUGCCAUUCGUUGACGUCAUCAGUUGGUGAAAUUGAUGAAGAAGAUCUGAUCGCUGGAGAUCAAGCAAUUUUUCAAGUCUACUCAAGAUCGCUGGAGAUCAAGCAAUUUUCAAGUCAACUCAAGAUCGCUGGAGAUCAAGAAAGUUUCAAGUGGAUUCAAGAUCGCUGGUAA